AUGGCAUGUGCUGCAACUUUAGUGGAUGAACUAAGCAUAGAUACAAGUCCACCUAGCAGAGAGUCUAUUACAACUGUUAAAUUGUUUGUUACAUCAUAUUCUGAUGAAUUUUAUGCUGAAAGAGAUGUCAUCAAAAGAGAAGUUUUACCUGAAGUGAGAUUAUGGUGUGAAAAGAAAAAAUUAAAUCUUGUUGAACAGAGUGUAAAAUGGGGUGGAAGACAUCCAGAUUGUCGAGAAGUUGGUGAAAUGGAGAAAGUUCAAACUAGUAUAGAGAAUUGUUAUUACAAUAAUAUAAUGCCAUUGUUUAUCAAUUUAACUAGUGAAUCAAUUGGAUGGGUACCAAUGUGGGGUGAAUAUUCUGAUGAAGUUAUAGAAGAUUAUAUUGAAGCCUAUGGUUUAUUAGUGGAAGAUUUAGAAUCGCAUAGAAUAAUAAAUUAUAAAGCUGAAUAUAGGGGUGUUGAUCAUAAGAGAAGACCCUUAUUACGUCUUUCUGAUGAAAUCAAACAACAGAUAAUAAACUUUCUGAUUGCUCGGAUUGGUUAUGAAUUUUGUGGUGAAGAUCUACCUAUAAACUUUCAUCCUGAUAAUCAAACAUUGUCAGAACAACGUGACUUUCUGUCUCAACGCUGUCAAAAUGUUCAUGGGCGUAGUGAUGUGGUUAAAAAAAUAGAGGACUAUAUUCUACGAGAUGAAAAAGAUGUGCCAUUACUGUUAUUAGGUACACCAGGAAGUGGUAAAACGUCUAUUAUGUGUAAAGCUGUUGAAGUAGUAAUACAGAACCUGACUGAACACCACCAAGCAAGAAGUGAAGGUAAACCAUGGCAUGUUUUCUACCAUUUUGUUGGUGCUGUACCAGGAUCAACUAGUUUGGAACCUAUGUUGAAGAGAUUACUAAGGGAAAUGGAAGUUGUUAAGGAUUCUAACAUGCCAAAAGAUUUAGAUACCACAGCUCAGAUGUGUUGUAGUAUGUUAUCAAAUCCUAAUACCAAACCUGUAGUUAUAUUUAUAGAUGCUAUCAACCAAAUAAAAGAAGAUAAGGAAGCAAGAGUCAUCAGUUGGAUACCUAGAAAGUUAGCACCAGAAGUUCGAAUUAUAAUAUCUACUAUUAAUAACACAUUUCAUCAUAAGUCUAUGAUGAGUAGAGAAACUAAGCCAAUAGAAUUAAAUAUUAAACCUUUAGAUCAUCUGUCAAGGAAGGAAAUAAUUAAAGAUAUAUUAAGAAGAUAUAACAAAAGUUUAACAGAAAGACAGAUAAAUAGAUUUCUACGUAAAGCAUCCAGUGAUAAUCCUCUAUGGUUAUCUAUAGCUUGUGAAGAGUUACAAUUAGUCAAUGACAUAGAUCUUAUUGAUGAUAAAAUAGAAAGUCUUCCUGAUGGACUUGUCAAUAUAUUAGAAGAGUUAUUGACCAGAUUAGAGCAAUGUGAACAUGGCCAAUUAUUGGUAGCUACAUUAUGUUUAUUGGAGGCAUCUGUAUCAGGCUUGUUGGAAUCAGAAUUAAGAUUUAUACUUGGUGAUACUGACAGUUUGACUCCUCCUUCACCAUAUGAUGAAAAAGAUGAAAAAGAGUGUUCUGAAAAGGAGAAAGCUAAGAAAUGUGGUCCUUUAUCUGAUAAAAAGUGGAUAUUUGUAUUUACCACACUAAAGCCAUUUUUACGCCCUUAUGGUGACAGUAAAGAUGGUAGAUUAGAUUUUUAUCAUAGAGCUUUAAGCAAAGCUGUCAGAAAAAAAUAUUUCUGUAAGAAAGAUAGAAGUGAAGAUGUUGAUGUAGAUGAAGUUGAUACUGAUAUACCAGAUGUGGAGAGUUGGUGGCAUUUAAUGUUAGCAGAUUACUUUGAAAAAUCAAAUAAAAUAGAUCGUAUUGUUGAGGAGUACCCAUACCAUCUGGUUGAAUUAAAAGAUAAAUAUAGAUUAGCACAGUGUUUGUGUGAUUGGAAAGUCUUUGAUAAACUUUAUAAUGAAGAAUUUAGUUCUGUUUUAUUGGCCCACUGGAGAGCAGUUGGACCAACAAGUGAAAUGCUUAGUCACUACGAAAGAGAACUAAAGUCAUUUGAACGUGAUGAAAAUAUCAAUGAAGAAGCCGUUUCUAUGAGAUAUGAAAAAGUUUGUCGAGUAGUGAUACAAUCUGGUAAGCAUCAUGAAGCAUUAGAAUUAUUAAAAACAGCAAUGAAAAUAGAAGAAAGAGAAUUAGGUGCUAGACCACAUCGAAUGGUGGAAUUGUUUGCUUUAAUGGCAGAAAUUUAUGAUGAGAAAUUAAAGAUGAAUGAUUUUGUAUCACCAUGUCAGUUACCUGAUCUAAGAAAGACUAUUUAUUAUGGUCGUAAAUCCAUCUGUUUAAGAAGAACACUACCUGGUCCUUAUCAUAAGUUUAAGGUGGCUAUGAGUUUGAUGAAAUUGGCCUUUAAUAUGGAGAGUUGGGAAGCAUGUGGUGGAGCUCCUGAAUUAAGUGAUGAAGAUGCUUUAAUAGAAGGCAAUAAAUACAUUGAUAAAGCUCUUAAAAUAUUUCAGGAGUUAAAUGAUAUGGGACACUAUGCUGAAGCUCUGAUGACAAAAGGUGUUUUAGCUACCAGAGGAAGUAUGGAACAGUUAAAGUGGUACAAUGAAGCUAUGGACUUAUGUAUGCAGAUGUAUGGUGAAUAUCAUAUUUUAACUUCAAGAUUAUACAUCAACAUUGGUAUAGUGUAUGAAGACAAUGACAACUAUAACAAAGCAUAUGAGUACUUCAAGAAAUGGGCUAGGGUUAGUGAGGAAAUUCUGGGCCCAGAUCAUCCUAAAACUCAACGUGCCAAAGGUGUUCUGAGAGAAACUCGAUACAAACGUAUUGCUCAACAACAAGGGGAGUGGGAAGAAGAGGAAUCAUCCUCAGAUUCUGAAGAAAGUGGUGAAGAGGUGGAAAAUCCUGAUAUAGAGCAUAAUUAUGACGACAGUGUCAGUCAUGUGGACAUGGUCAAUAAUAUUGCUAUUGAUCAAUCCAUGAAUUCAGUAGCGUCUGCCAGCGUGUUUCAAGAUUCCAAUCAGUCUGCUAGUGAAGGAGAUAUACAAGGCUUGUCUGGUGAUAACGCUAAUGAAGGAUACAGUGGGGACCCUUAUGAAGAAGAUGGAGAAGAAUCUGUUGAUGAGGAACAUACUGAUAGUGAGAAUUUCUAUGAUGAUAAUUUUGAGGCGUAUAAUGAACAUUACGCUCUACAUGCUGCUGUUGGUCCAGUGAUUGAGGAGUUCAAUUUACAUCUUGAUGAUGAUGAUGAAGAUGAUUAUGAAAUUGUGGAACUUGCCUCAACAGAAACAGACGACACAGAUGUUCAAUUUGCUGGUAUAAUUGAUGGACUGAAUGAUAAUCGUUUUGAUGAUGGAGGUGCGAUAGAAUCAGAUGAAAUUGGUAACGAGUGUCGAUAUAUAAAUAGUAGUGUAUUACAACCUAGUAUACCUGGUCGCAGAUUCAGUGAAAAUUUAAGUCUUUUAUCAAUUGAGGCAUCUGAUAACAGAUUUAGUGAUUCAAGUGAGGACAGCAACAGAGCUGUAAAUAAUAAUUCUGUGAUGACAUCUCAUACUACAGUACAAACCGCUGACGGAAAUACUGUUGCAGAAUUUUCUGCAGCUAGUACAAACUCCUCUACUCAAGGUUCUAAUAAUUCAAAUAGACAACCCUAUACAAAUCUCAGUAUAUGAAUUCUUUUUCAAAAUGUGCUUCAAUGCAAUGCAUUUACAUGUUCAACUAGUGGUAUCUUUAAGAUGUUCUUAGAAAAUACAUAAAUGAGAGGUUAAAUUUCGUAUGAAUUUUAAAAAGGAUAUAGUUGCUUUACUAGCUGAUAGAACUUGAAUUAGGCUAUUGUAAUAACUUUUCAAAAUGAAAAGCUGAUUACCUGUUAAUUUACACGUAAAACAAAAACUAUUUUAAUUAAGACUAACUAAAUGAUGACAUGAAGACUUUUAUUAUUUUCAAUGUUUUGGAUGUCAAUACCAAUGAUGUGCUAUCUUUCCUAUAUUCUUUAUUUGAUUGCUUUUGGACAUUGGACUUUAAUUCAGUGGGCACUUUGGAUGCAGAAGUUAUCCAUUUAAAAUUUUAAUCAAGAUUAGCUGAUAGAACUUGAAUUAGGCUAUUGUAAUAACUUUUCAAAAUGAAAAGCUGAUUACCUGUUAAUUUACACGUAAAACAAAAACUAUUUUAAUUAAGACUAACUAAAUGAUGACAUGAAGACUUUUAUUAUUUUCAAUGUUUUGGAUGUCAAUACCAAUGAUGUGCUAUCUUUCCUAUAUUCUUUAUUUGAUUGCUUUUGGACAUUGGACUUUAAUUCAGUGGGCACUUUGGAUGCAGAAGUUAUCCAUUUAAAAUUUUAAUCAAGAUUUUUUUUUUUUUUGACUAAGCCUUUUUUUAUUUUCAGCAUUACUCAAAUAACCAAAGUUCAUUUUCAGGGGUUGACUGGACUCUUGAAUACAUGUAUAUAGUCUUCAGAAGUACUAGAAAUGAAUGAAAAUCACAUUCGACUUGAGCUGUGAUCACUAUUAAUGACUAGAUAAGCUGAAAAAUGCCCAUUUCUGAGAUGACGGUACGAUGAUCAAAUGGAUUGCGAACCAGUCCCUUUAAAUUCCUUAUAAAUGCUUCAAUUUGACAUAUGUUUCGUCACUGUAAACUUUUGCAUUUUAUAAGCAAUAACUGAAAUCAUUGCUUGAGAAAAUCAAUAUGGUUUUGGGAAAAUUAUUCUUUAGGAUGAUCCAUACAUUCAUCUCUAAAAUUAUGUCAAAUUUCUUAACUUGUUGUUU